AUGGCGAGCGAGGAGCGGGGCUGGGAUCCAUCAGGAUGGACGGCAGCAGCUGUGGUGAAUAAAAAGAGGGGAGGAAAAAAGGGAGGCUGCAUCAGUCAUGGUGGUUUUGAAUGUAAACAAUUUCUACUUGGCAUGCAGGCCCGACCAGCAAUACUGCUGCUCUGCAGCUCCGGCUCGACGGAACAUUCGACUCAUCUGCUAAACAAGAUCGAAUGCCAAAGCCGGAGCAGCCAGAGACUACGAGCGGCCGCCCUGCAGGGAGGAAAUAUGGAUUUCGUGGCAGCAAUGUAUUAA